CUUUAUCACGCCCGCACUCGUCCAUUUGUCGCUUCUCUCGUUCGUUUGGCCCUCUUCUUUCGAUCCGCCUCUGUUCGUCCAGAGAGGAGAACCAAAGGAGAAGCAAAACCCUAGCCUUUUCUUCUUCGUUCCCCUCACCGAGAGACCAAGAAUGGCCGACGCCUACUGGAGGUACAGCGACCCACGCCACCAGGCCGCAGCCAUGGCCGCUCCCACGGCUCCCCUGAAGCGCCCUCGCGCCGAUUACGCCGAUAUACCUGGUGGUCCGGAAGUGCUUGGUUAUUAUUCUCGUGAUGAAGAAAGGACAGGGCACCGUACAAUCAGAGAUACUGAAUCAAUUGCAGCUUCCUAUGAUCGUUACUUACGCAAUGGGGUAUCUUUUGGUGCUGGAGAAUCAGUCAGGACUGUGGCUGGAGGAAUGACUGGUCAUCCUGUUGAUGAUCGGCGUAUGAUGGGUGUUGGGGGAAUGGAUGGCCGGACUGUUGGAUAUGGUGGUGGAAGGCCUGAACCUCCUCUUGGAGGAAUGGAUGGCCGGAGUGUUGGAUAUGGCGGUGGAAGGCCAGAACCUCCUCUUCCUCAGGAUGCCUCAAACACAUUAUUUGUGGAGGGCCUCCCUGCAAACUGCACACGCAGGGAAGUCUCUCAUAUUUUCCGCCCUUUUGUAGGUUUUCGAGAGGUGAGACUUGUAAACAAGGAAUCAAGACAUCCUGGAGGAGAUCCACUUGUCUUAUGCUUUGUUGAUUUCUCCACCCCUGCUCAAGCUGCGGUUGCUUUGGAUGCGUUGCAAGGUUAUAAAUUUGACGAGCACGAUCGAGAAUCAGCCAAUUUGAGGCUGCAAUUUGCUCGCUUUCCUGGUCCGAGGUCAUCUGGUGGGCCUCGUGAGGCGUUAAGUUGUGGGGAUUCCCUUUUACAGGUUCGGAAGCUCCUGUGAGCGAGGGACUCGGUAGAUUGCCCUUUUCUGGUUUUCCUGUUCUCUAGAGUACUAUGAACAUAGCUGCGAUAGGCAUCUGAACUUUGAGGUUAUUACAAUGUGAUGUAUCUGUUAUGCGCCUAUAUAACUGUUACAUGAUAUGCUAUUCUGUCUAUGCAGUAAUAACUAAAUAUGAACCAGCUAGACAUUGCGCUCUGUGGAUCGUAUUUAAAACAUCAUCUAAUAUUUUUAUCUGGCAUUAGCUUAG